GUGUCAGCUCGUGGUGUCAGAAGAAGUGAGACUGGGGAAAUCCAUGAGACUUUCCAGCCAACAUCGCUUUUCACAUUAUUUGAUGCUGCAUCAGACUGCACAGCAGGUGAUGUGAUGGCUUGUGGUUCUCCUUUGUGGCUUGCAGCAGUCCACGAAGCAGAGUUCUCAAAUCAAAAUGAAGGUGCCUGUCUAAGUGACGUGGUACUCAAUGAUGUCGAUGCACCCAAACCCCCCUGCAUCGAUGACAAAAGCCCUGCUGAUGGCUUGCUAGCAAGUCAAGCUGAAGGUUCAUAUGAGACUUACGCUGAUCCUUUGCGAACCUGUGAAAAUAAUGAUGUUCAUGAGCAGCCAGCAUUUACGGUUACGGCAUGCCAAACGUUUGGUUCAGAAGAAGACGGCAUAAAAGAGAACGGGCAACUACAUUCUCCUGCACAUGUGACGGCGGGCUCAGAUCCAGAGCUAUUUCCACUGUCAAAAACGGCAGACAUUGUGAAGCCAUUUGAGGAGUCUACUGAAAGCGAUAUAGCUUUUCCUGAAUCUGGGCAGCUCAUUAAGUCUCUUCUGCAGAAUUCCACAGCGAAGCAGACGCCGGGGGAUCACAAUAACGAUGUGCUGAAUAUUCCCCUUGGUGAUCAACAGCUUUGUAAGCCAGAUGUUGAUGCAGCUGGAGAGCCAGUGCAGCUCGCCAUGUCAAUGAUGUCAACUGUUUCAGAACCAGAAUGCCCAGGCACAAGUGUUUCUCCGUGGGUUCAGUCCACAACCAGCAAGGAUGUGGAACCAAGUGGGCUGGUUCUGGGUUAUGAUGCCUGUACAGAAAACUCAUUGACCAACGAAGCUGAUGGUCCGGAUAAGAGUUCUACAAGUGGCUUGCCCACCAGUAAAAGUGAACGUCUCCAUAAGCCAAAGUCAGAAGUCAUGGCUGACCAUUUGAUUGGCACCAAUGAAAGCGUCAUACGAGGAAAUUCGAAUCUGUCCAAGACUUCUGAGGAGACUGAUAACAUUCUCCAAGUGCGUGGCACCAAACGGAGUGACUGUUUGGGUUUGGAGGGGCAUCAUCUGGAUGAGCCAAACGAGAGCACCGGUGGAGACGUUUAUACUAAACGGUUGAAAACCACUGUGAUCUCAAGAAGCAAUGCACGUGGAGGUUCCCUGCAGCCUACUUGCCGCAUGUCACUUGAUGAGUGGCUAGGAUCAGGAUCUCGUUCAGAUAUCAAGGAACUUGUGGAGGGCCAGCAUCUGGAGCAGCAAACUGCGCACCUCGGUGGGAAAUCGGAUGCCGAUCAAGAUAAACUCAUUGGCGUUCCCAUAUCCCCAAAUGCUGAGUCAGCAUCUCCAGGUUUGUGUGUAUCUGGGCCUCAAACUGUGAAUCAGGUGCCGUUGAAGUUGGAUGGUACAAACUUGGAAGAAAUCCGUGAGGAGGCCCUUGAACCACCAUCGAUGCCAGCAAUGGUGGCAUCAGCAGUGCCCCUGGACUUGCCAUGCCACAAAUCAGCUACUGCAAAGUUGCCGGUGGACGGGGAGGGAGCGGCAAACGAUCUGCCUGCUCAGAUGUGCAACCAACCAAUUUCGAUUCUUCUCUCCGGUGAAGCUGUGAGAUGUCGUCGUUCAGAAGAUGAUCCUGUUGGACCACAUGCAGAGUUACUGGCUGGGGCAGGCUCAGCACUCAGUAACGAGAUUUUGGCCGAAAAUGUUGCUGGAAGUUCCAUUACUGCUAUCGAAAACGAGCAAGAUGGAUUGCCGAAGCUGACAAACACUGGGGAGACAAGCAGUGGCCCACUCCAUCGGGGUAUUGUCGGCUCUACAAGUGAGGGAUCCAAGAAAGGGAGAAAGGGCAAAGUGAUGUGUUUGGAUCUUUUGUUGCCUGCUCUAGUGGUUACAGCGCCGGACAUCGAUAGUCCGUGA